GAUCACUUCCACCAUCAAGCACCGUAGGAGAAGACCCAUAACCCACUCAACACUUAGCUCAUUCUUUCCUUCUUCAUUUUCUAUCCAGAAAAUAGUUCAAAAUCUUAGACAAAGUUCAGAAACAAAGACUAACAAAGUCAUGGUAGGUGACUAUUGACCAACGAAGUGUUAACCAAGACCAAAAUUAGAAUCUUUAAGACAAAAGCUCACAUGGGUGCCUCUCUUUCAGCUUGGUUUUAGAGAAUUUUCACUCCAAAAUCGGAAAUGAAUUCCCUUCUUUUCCUCCUUCCUCUGUUUCUAUUGGUUGCAUUUCCCAGUCCGCAACCGGUUCAUGGAAAUGCAGAGUUCAGAGCACUCAUGGACUUGAAAUCCUCUCUUGACCCAGAAGACAAGCUCCUUGAAUCGUGGACCACUGAUGGUGAUCCAUGCAGUGGUUCUUUCUUGGGGGUUGCAUGCAACGAGCACCACAAAGUGGCCAAUAUAUCGUUGGCCGGAAGGGCUCUUUCCGGCAGGCUCUCUCCGGCGGUGGCUGAACUCAAAUGCUUGUCAGGUUUAUACCUGAAUCACAAUCAUCUGUCAGGGGAGAUACCGAGAGAGAUUUCAAAUCUCAAUGAAUUGGUCGAUCUUUAUCUCAACGUGAAUAAUCUAUCUGGAAGCAUUCCUCCAGAGAUCGGGAACCUGACUAGCCUCCAAGUGCUGCAGUUAGGCUAUAACCAGCUAGUGGAGAACAUACCUGAGCAGAUGGGUUCGUUGAAGCAGCUUAAUGCUCUUGCUUUGGAAAAUAACAGUUUAACGGGUCAAAUUCCUCUAAGCUUGGGAAACUUGGAGAUGCUAAGGAGGCUAAAUUUGAGCUUUAACAACUUCAGUGGUGUGAUUCCCGCAACACUAGCUUCCAUUGAGCACUUGGAAUUUCUAGAUAUCCAAAACAAUUCUCUUACAGGGACUGUUCCUUCUGCAUUGAGGAGAUUACGUGAAGGAUUCCAAGGUGCAAACAACCCAGGUCUCUGUGGAGCUGGGUUUUCUACUUUGAGAGCUUGCAAAAAUAAUGAAUUUUAUGUUAGCCAGAUUGGUAACUCAAAUAAUGUAUCCAUAUACAAUAAUCCUCCAGAAAAUUUCCCGAAGCCUGCAAAUAGCCAGUUGCAUUGUAACCAGAGCCAUUGCUCAAAAUCAAGAAGGCUUUCUCAUACUAUUAUUGAAGCAAGUGUUAUCACUAUCACUAUCACUAUCAUUUUCAUAGGUGCCGGAUUUUUCAUUUUUGUCAGAUAUCGCCGCCAAAGACAGAGGGUUAGGAAUACAUCAGAUUCUUCUGAAGGCCAACUUAGUCCUAACCAGCCUAAAGAGUUUUACAGAAGAAGUCCAUCUCCACUUGUUAAUCUUGAGUUUUAUUAUAAUGGAUGGGAUUCAUUGGCUGAUGGUCAAAAUGCCAGUGGAUUAUACAAUGAAUAUUUAAACUAUUUUAGGUUUAAUGUUGAUGAGGUUGAAUCAGCAACACAGUACUUUUCGGAGGCCAAUUUAUUGGGUAAGAGCAAAUUCUUAGCAGUCUAUAAAGGAGUUCUCAGAGAUGGUUCUCUUGUGGCUAUUAGAAGCAUUAGUGUGACAUGCUGCAAAACUGAGGAAGCUGAACUUGUAAAGGGAUUGAGCAUAUUAACCUCACUGAGACAUGAAAACAUUGUUAAGAUGAGAGGUUUCUGUUGCUCAAGGAGUAGAGGUGAAUGCUUUCUUAUCUAUGACUUUGCCACAAGGGGUAAACUGUCUCAAUAUCUUGACAUGGAAGAUAAAGCAAUUUCUUUAAAAAAAGAAGAGCAAGCCACCCAUAUGCUUGAGUGGUCUAUGAGGGUUUCUAUUAUCAGGGGCAUUGCAAAAGGUAUAGAGUAUCUGCACAGCAAUGAAGCUAGCAAACCUACAAUAGUACACCAAAAUAUUUCAGUUGAAAAAGUUCUUCUUGACCAUCAAUUUAACCCAUUGAUCAUGGAUGCUGGCCUCCCUAAGCUUCUUGCAGAUGAUGUUGUUUUCUCAGCACUGAAAGUAAGUGCUGCCAUGGGAUACCUAGCUCCUGAAUAUAUUACUACUGGACGCUUUACUGAAAAGAGUGACAUAUACGCAUUUGGGGUUAUUAUUCUUCAAGUUCUAUCUGGGAAGACAACAAUAGGGGGUUCAAUCCGUAUGGCAGUUGAAUCAUUCAGAUUUGAAGAUUUUGUUGACACAAAUCUGAAGGGAAUAUAUUCUAAAUCUGAAGCAGCAAUUCUUUCAAAGCUUGCAAUCCUGUGCACUAAUGAGCUUCCUGACCAAAGGCCAACCAUGGUGGAAUUGAUUCAAGAGUUGAGCAUGUUUCCUGCUCAUUCUUCAUGAUCUACCACUUUCUAUGUGUAUUAUGAGACAUUGAGACCAUGUCCUUAACAGUAACUUAAGAUACUCAAUAACUUGUUAAUAAUCUUAG